CAAUUCUAUAUGUCAUUAUGGAAGAAAAUUAUUUUGCCUUCACAUGGAAAAUAAACUGCUUUAAUGAACUCGUUGUUCGACACCCGAACGGAAGUUUUUUCUAUAGUGAUAGGUUUUGGUCACCGAGAGGACAAGGUGGAAAGUCAAUUAACAUCAAUGUCGUAAAUGAACAAAACAGUUCUCAUAACAAUACCGGAUAUUUAUGGCGGUUAAAAAUGUUCCCUAAUGGUGUAGAUAAAAAAUCGAAUGACUAUAUUUCUUUAUAUCUUGAAGCAAUACAAACUCAUUACGAAAAACAAAAUAACAUAACAGGAAGGCAAAAAAAGUUUCGACUAGCGCUUUAUCGAGUCGAUUCGAAUUUGCAAACAACAAAACAAAAACCUUCACUUGUAAUAGAUCGUCAUACUUUAGAGACGAAAUUUGAGUUCAAUGGAGUAAAUGCAGAUUAUGGAUUCGCAAGAAUAAUUGCUCUUAAAGAAUUAUUCCCUAGCGAUAAUACGCCCGAAAUAGACUUAUUGGUUCGAACUCAAAUUUUUGAAGACACUAUGACUUCUGGGGAAGGUCCAAGUUCAAUGGUCAUUGUAAAUAAUAUUUCACUUAUGCCUUUUGAAAGAUACUUUGGAGAAGAAAGAUUUUGUGAUGUUGAAUUUAUAUUUGAUUGUGGUUCAAGUAUGAAAGCUCAUAGAGUUAUUCUUGCUGCACGAUCAACAUAUUUUGAGAGUAUGUUGGGAGGUGAAUGGUUAGAGGGACAUAUGAAAACUGUUACUAUUAAAGAUAUGCCAUUUGAUGCGUUUAGAUGUAUUGUCCAUCACCUUUACACUGGAAAACUCGAAGAAGGAUUAACGUUUGAACUUUUAAGAGAUAUAUAUUCUAAAGCUGAUAUGCUUAGAGUAGAACAACUUAGCCAAAUGGCCGCUGAAAGGAUGGUUAAUUUAAUGAAUCAUGAAAAUUGGGAUCAAAUUUUAAUGUUAGGCUGGAAAUAUUUUGAUGAUCGAUUAAAAGACGCAGGUCAAGAAUUUGCUGUAAAACAUUGGAUUGAAAUAAAAGAUACCGACAAUAUGAAACAAGUAAUGGCAAGCGGCCACGUUGAUCGUAUUGUAGAAUUGGUUUUACAAAGUUUUUUUACACCAAAUAAUGCGAGGAUAGAAUUAUAAUUCUUCCUAUUCGUUAAAAUGUUACGACAACGAGAGAAUAAUACCUUCUAUUUAGCAGUGAUUCAGUGAUCUUUUUAGUAAGGCAAAAUUUGGAUAAAUAAGAAUUGAUACCAAUCCCUUUAUGAUAUGCAAAAAAAAAAAAUAUUAACAAAUAAAAAAAAAAAUAUGAAAAUAAUUAAUAAUAAGUAAUUACUUUCUUUAAAGGAUUGAACUUCUACUGUAUAUUGUAUAAUUCAAUAAAAAAUAUUUUAAAAACA